AUGCCUAUUAAAGCAAUUCCAUCUGUUGCCCAGCCCGAGGGCAGGAGGGGGCCCAAGGCCGUUUUGUGCCUCCCAAUGGACCAAGCUUGCCCGGGCAAGCUGUGCCUCCCACGUAAUCGGGCUAGCCCGAGGGCUAUUGACUUCAUGGCUGAUGCCAGCACCUGGAUUCAAAAAAAAUUUUGA